CCGCUCCUCUUCCCAUCACCUCCUUUACAUUUCAUCAUCUCCCAUUUUUCUCUGCAAAUCUCAACAUCAAAAGUUCGAAAAUUCGAAACUCCUGAAAUUAAUAAAAUAAAUUUAAACAAAAAAAAAGGAAGCAAUUAUUCAAUCACUUUAUUUUUUUCAAGCGUUGUUGUUUGGUUACUCUGAUUUACCUCCCGAAAGUAGGAUUUCAUGAACAUUUGUCAUCUGCCCUUGUCAACACACUGAUUAAGAAGUCCGUAAUGUCUAGCUCUACAAAGGCGUUGGACCCUGCUUUCCAAGGAGCAGGACAGAAACCAGGGACUGAGAUAUGGCGCAUUGAGGACUUCCUACCUGUUCCAUUGCCAAAGUCUGAUUAUGGAAAAUUCUACACAGGAGACUCUUAUAUUGUCCUGCAGACAAGUUCUGGUAGAGGGGGUGCUUAUCUAUAUGACAUUCACUUUUGGCUUGGAAAAGAUACUAGCCAGGAUGAGGCUGGGACAGCUGCUAUUAAAACAGUCGAGCUAGAUGCAGCUCUUGGAGGAAAGGCUGUGCAGCAUAGGGAGCUCCAGGGUUUUGAAUCUGACAAAUUUUUGUCGUACUUCAAACCAUGCAUCUUACCUUUAGAGGGGGGAGUUGCAUCUGGAUUUAAGACACUAGUGGAAGAAGAAUUUGAAACAAGGUUGUAUGUCUGUCAUGGAAAGCGAGCUAUUAAGAUGAAGCAGGUCCCAUUUGCUCGCUCCUCUCUGAAUCAUGAUGAUGUUUUCAUAUUGGACACUAAAGAUAAGAUCUAUCAGUUCAAUGGUGCAAACUCCAACAUACAAGAAAGGGCCAAGGCUUUGGAAGUUGUGCAGUAUCUUAAGGACCAAUAUCAUGGAGGGAUGUGUGAUGUGGCUAUUGUUGAUGAUGGAAACCUACAAGCUGAAUCUGACUCCGGUGAAUUUUGGGUUCUCUUUGGUGGUUUUGCCCCAAUUGCUAGAAAGGUCAUCAAUGAAGAUGAAGUUAUUCCUGAGGAAACUGCGGCUAAGAUAUAUAGCAUCGAGGAUGGUAAAGUUCAAGCCUUGGAAGGUGAACUUUCUAAAGGGAAGUUGGAAAAUAACAGAUGUUAUUUACUGGACUGUGGGGUUGAGGUAUUUGUUUGGUUUGGUCGUGUGACACAAUUAGAGGACAGAAAAGCUGCUUGCCAUUCUGCAGAGGACUUUAUUGCCAGCCAUAAGAGGCCAAAAACAACUCGUGUUACUCGAGUUAUUCAAGGAUAUGAGACACAUUCUUUCAAAGCCCAUUUUGACUCCUGGCCAACUGGGUCUGCUGCUCCUAGUACUGAAGAAGGAAGAGGAAAAGUAGCAGCUUUUCUGAAGCAACAAGGUUUUGGCGCCAAAGGAACAAACAAAAGUGCUCCAGUUAACGAGGACGUUCCACCCCUGCUUGAACUCAGUGGUAAAAUUGAGGUGUGGCGAAUCAAUGGUAGUGCCAAGACUCCGGUGCUAAAGGAAGAUGUUGGCAAAUUUUACAGUGGGGAUUGCUACAUUAUUUUGUAUACUUAUCACUCUGGUGAGAAAAAAGAAGACUACUACUUGUGCUGGUGGAUUGGAAGGGAUAGCAUUGAGGAUGACCAGAAGAUGGCAGCAAGGUUGGCUAACACAAUGUGCAAUUCACUUAAAGGAAGACCUGCCCUGGGUCGUAUUUUCCAAGGAAAGGAGCCACCUCAAUUCGUUGCUAUAUUUCAGCCUAUGGUUGUGCUAAAGGGUGGACUGAGCUCUGGAUACAAGAAGUUCAUAGAAGAAAAAGGGCUGACUGAUGCAACUUAUUCAGCUGAGGGUGUUGCGUUAAUAGAGAUAUCAGAAACUUCUUUACAUAACAACAAAGCUAUGCAAGUUGACACGGUGGCAGCAUCACUAAACUCCUGUAACUGCUUUAUUCUGCAAUCGGGCUCUUCAAUUUUCACUUGGCAUGGCAAUCAGAGCAGUUUUGAGCAGCAACAACUAGCUGCUAAAAUUGCUGAGUUCUUAAAGCCUGGAAGUACUACUAAGCAUGCUAAAGAAGGAACUGAAAAUUCGGUGUUUUGGUCUGCACUUGGAGGGAAACAACCUUACGCAAGCAAGAAGUUAACGCAGGAACUUGUCAGGGACCCACACCUGUUUUCCUUCUCUUUUAAGAAAGGAAAGUUUCAGGUUGAGGAAAUUUACAAUUUUUCACAAGAUGAUCUGUUGACUGAAGAUAUGAUGAUAUUUGACACGCAUGUUGAAGUUUUUGUUUGGCUCGGUCAGUCAGUUGACCCCAAAGAAAAGCAGAUAGCUUUUGAAAUUGGGCAGAAAUAUGUUCAGAUGGCUGUUUCACUAGAAGGGCUAUCCCCACAGAUCCCUCUAUACAGAAUCAGUGAAGGAAAUGAGCCAUGCUUCUUUACAACAUACUUUUCAUGGGAAGCAGCUAAAGCAAUUGUCCAAGGGAAUUCUUUUCAGAAGAAGGUCAUGUUAUUAUUUGGUAGAGGCCAUUCUGCAGAGAGCCCAAGUAGAUCAAAUGGGGGAGGAGCUACACAGAGAGCCGAAGCUUUGGCAGCCUUGUCAUCAGCCUUCAACCCCUCUUCCGGAGAAAAGACUAGUUCUCCUUCUCCAAAUAAAUCAAAUGGGUCGGGUGGCGCAACUCAACGAGCUUCUGCUUUAGCUGCUUUGUCAUCUGCUUUGAACCCAUCAUCUGAAAACAAGCCUACUGCAGCUGCUACUCCUAAGCCAGUUAAUACAAGUGGAGGAUCACAAAGAGCUGCUGCAUUGGCUGCUCUUUCAUCAGCCCUUACAGCUGAAAAGACACCAGAUGUAUCUCCUGGCCGAUCUGCUAGGAGUCCUUCUCCACCAGCUAGUACUCCUCCUGCUCAGAAAGAGACAGAACUCUCUCCUCCAGAGGUGACUGAAGAGUCUCCAGAAGAAGUUCAAGAAACAGGUAGCGUGGACCCUGCACCUGAGAGAAAUGAGGAGUCAGUGUCCAAAGAUGAUACUGAACAGGAAGACUACAUUUCUGGAAGUACACAGAGCACAUUCAGUUACGAGCAACUAAGGGCUAGAUCUGAAAAUCCUGUCACGGGAAUCGAUUUUAAGCGUAGAGAGGCCUAUCUAUCCGAAGAAGAAUUCCUAUCUGUUUUUGGUGUGACGAAGGAAGCAUUUAACAAACUUCCUAGAUGGAAACAAGACAUGCAGAAAAAGAAGUUUGAUCUGUUCUAGAUGCAAAUAUCUAUUGUCCGAGAAGUUCUUGAUCAAUUGGUAAAAGAUGUGGGUCAUAAUUCAGUUUGGUUUGCUUUUAUGUAUGGUUUCUGCAGCUUGGUUUGUUUUUUCAUAGCUGUUAAUAAUGGUGUUGAUUUUUUGUUACUUGUCUGAAGAGUGAUUUUUGUAUCUCUUCACUCGUUCCAUUUGUUUUAGAGGUUAUCAUUUUAUUAAGAUGGGUCAUUCAUUCUUUUUCUAUAUUAUAGUAUUAAUGUAUUGUAGCUAAUUAUACAAGAUUUUAUCCUUUUGUCCAAGGGUGUAUAUGUAUGGGGUUGUACUUUACAAAGGGUUAUGUCUUCGUGUCGAAAACUCAAGAAUUUCAAUGAUAUGAUGUGUUGAUUUUA